AUGAAUGGAGGACAAUGUCCCUGCAAGCCUAAUGUGGUUGGUCGCGCUUGUGAUCAGUGUAGGCCAGACUAUUUUAACUUCACAUCUGGUCAAGGUUGUCAAGAAUGUGCCUGUAACGUGACUGGUGCAAAUGAAACAUCUUGCCAUCCUGAAACAGGACAUUGUUCUUGCAAGGAGAAUGUAAUAGGCCAACAUUGUGAGCAAUGUAAAAAAAACUACUAUAACUUAAACAGUGGGUCAGGCUACUCUUCCUGUGACUGCAAUCCCACCUACUCCACCAGUCUGCAAUGUGAUGGUAACACUGGUGUUUGCAGCUGUAAGCCUGGUUGUAUAUCCUGUGAGUGUAACCUCGCAGGAAGUGCCAGUCCUGUCUGUAACAAGACUACAGGCCAGUGUCCCUGUAAGGCCCAGUCUCUAGGCCGUCAGUGUGACAUGUGCCCAGCUGGUUAUUAUGGUUUAAGUGUCCAGAAUCCUCAAGGUUGUUUGAAGUGUCAGUGUUCAAAUAAAUCAUCUGACUGUGUUACUGACUUAGGAUGGUUUGUGUCAGAUGUUGACACAAGUCUGUCAGUGUUUAAUGACAACAGUGAUUUGGAUGGUUGGACUACUGUAGACAGUGCAGGGAACCAGGUCACUUUACUCUUGGACUGGGAUGUCACAAUAAACAUUGAGAAGGGGUCCAUGAAAGUUGACACUCAAGGUUCAAAUGAUAUCUAUUUUGUUGCUCCUGACAAGUACCUUGGGGACAAGAGAUCUGUAUAUACAUAUACAUUGUCAUUCCAUCUACAGCAAGACAAUGCAUCUAGCCCUGCAACAUCUUCUAAGGGUGAUGUUAUCCUUGAGGGCAAGUGGUUUGACGAACCAAUUGUCUCAAGUUUUGAUACCGCUCCAACAGAUGGAGACAAUUUUAGGAAAUAUGAGGUAAAACUUGUUGAUAGCAAUUGGAGAGUAGGAAACAUCUCUGGGCGUCAGCCGUCAAAUUAUGAAAUGAUUGUUGUAUUAAGUCAUUUGACGUCACUGCGUAUAAGGGCCAAGUGGACCACUCUGACAACGAGUCUGUUUACCCGUUUGGCCGAUAUUGAACUGACUCUGAGUAGCAGGAGCAUUGUUAUUGCUGGUACGGAGAGUGCUCUUAACAUUGAAAAUUGUACAUGCCCCGUGGAGUACAAAGGACAGUUUUGUGAACAGUGCGCUAGUGGUUACACACGUGUCACGCCAAAUGGAGGACCUUACGUGACAUGUACACCGUGCGAGUGUAACGGACACUCAGACAAGUGCGACCCUGAGACUGGAGUGUGUCUGGACUGUCAACAUAAUAGCACAGGCGAUCAUUGUGAAAAGUGUUCAGAUGGUUGGUAUGGCAACGCAACGAAUGCCACACCUAACGACUGCAGCCCGUGCCCAUGCCCCAGCAGACCAAAUGCCGUCAAUCAGUUCGCUAAGACCUGUGUACUUUCAAGUGACGGUCUACCAACCUGUGUGAACUGCACUGUGGGUCACAAGGGACGGUAUUGUGAGCGAUGUAUGGACGGUUACUUUGGGCGGCCAAGGGAACAGGAUGUGCAAUGUCGCAUGUGUAGCUGUAACAACAACACAGAUCCUGAAGACACCGGUAACUGUAACACCACAACAGGCGAAUGCCUUAAGUGUCUUUACAAUACCACAGGGUCCAACUGCCAGUGGUGUGCACCGGAAUACCAUGGAAAUGCAUUGAACAAAACUUGUACACGUUGCAACUGCUCGCCUGUAAAUGCACUGAAUAAUGAGUGUAACAACAUAACUGGAUCGUGUAACUGUCAUCCUUAUGUGACGGGAAAGUUGUGUGACAGAUGUGAACAGAACGCUUUUAAUUAUACUGCGUCUGGCUGUGCGCCUUGUAAUUGCAACAAUGACGGUUCAGUUGAUCUUCAAUGUGACUUGGUUUACGGAAACUGCAGCUGUAAACCAAACGUGAUUGGUAAAAAGUGUGAUAUGUGUGUUGCGGGCUUCUUUGAUGUCCAGCAGGGUUGCUUGGUAUGUAACUGUAGCUCUGUGGGGUCAAACAACCCCGAUCAAUGCAAUAGAAAUGGAGGACAGUGUUCAUGCAAACCUAAUGUGAUUGGUCGUACAUGUGAUCAGUGUAAACCGAACUAUUUUAACUUCACUUCUGGUCACGGUUGUCAAGCGUGCAAUUGUUCAACUGUUGGUGCAGUGAAUAGCAAAUGUAACAACAUGACUGGUUCGUGUUCCUGCCAUCCUUAUGUUACGGGAAAGAUGUGUGACAGAUGUGAACAGAACGCUUUCAAUUACACCUCUUCUGGUUGUACGCCUUGUGACUGUGAUAUUGACGGCUCGACUGAUCUUCAGUGUGACUUGCGUGCAGCUGUAGCACAACUGGAUCCAAUAAUCCUGAUCAGUGUGACAGAAAUAGUGGACAAUGUUCCUGCAAGCCUAACGUGA